CCAAAUUGGACACUUGUUCUGUGUUUACUACUGGAAUAAUAACGAGAUGCCGAUGAUGUUGAGACCAACUUGACCAGUGAAAGUUCUCAAGUGACAUUUGAGUCAUCCCAGCCCAUUUCAAUCGGUGUGCAGUCCUUUACAGAUGAUGACAGCCAAGCGCAGACAUAUACAGACUGCUGCUUUGGAGGAACAAUGCUCUUUCACUGACGACACCAUUAUUAACUGUCCAUCAUGAACAGUGAAGAGGAGUUUUAUGAUGCAGAGACAGGUUUGGAAUCAGAUGACUCCUGUGAAGUCAGCUUUAAAGAUGCCUCUGGUUUUGAGAGCAAACAGGCAUCUAAUGGUUGUGUGCGAUCAGAGAAUGGAGUGUGGGAACGAAGGAAAACCCUCCCUGCCCCUAUGUUCUCCAGACAUGACUUCAGUAUUUGGGGCUUCCUGAAGAAAUGCAUUGGCAUGGAGCUGUCCAAGAUAACUAUGCCUGUGGUUUUUAACGAGCCACUGAGCUUUCUUCAGAGACUUACAGAAUACAUGGAACACACUUACCUCCUUCAUAAAGCUUGCACACUAUCUGAUUCUAUAGAGCGUAUGCAGCUCGUUGCUGCAUUCGCUGUGUCUGCUGUGGCAUCACAGUGGGACAGAACUGGAAAACCUUUUAACCCUUUACUGGGAGAGACCUAUGAACUAAUAAGGGAAGAUGAGGGAUACCGGUUGAUCUCGGAGCAGGUUAGCCACCAUCCCCCAAUUAGUGCUUUUCACACUGAAUCACUCAGCCAGGACUUUCGGUUCCACGGCUCGAUCUAUCCCAAACUCAAGUUCUGGGGCAAAAGCGUAGAAGCGGAACCCAAAGGAACUAUGACACUAGAGCUAUCCAAGCACAAAGAGGCAUACACUUGGACAAACCCUAUGUGCUGUGUGCACAAUGUCAUCAUAGGCAAAUUGUGGAUUGAACAGUAUGGAACAGUAGAGAUCAUCAACCACAGCACCGGGGACAAGUGUGUACUCAAUUUUAAGCCUUGCGGUAUGUUUGGCAAAGAACUGCACCGGGUGGAAGGUUAUAUCCAGGACAAGAGUAAGAAGAAGUGGCGUGUUAUCUAUGGGAAGUGGACAGAGUGCCUGUACGCUAUAGAUCCAAAGGUCUAUGAAACAAACAAGAAGGCUGAAAAGAAGAGUGGAGAUUCUAAGAAACACAAGCAGGAACUGAAUACUGGUAGUGAUGCUGAUGAAAUGCCAGAUGUCCAGGAGACAGUCGCUAUGAUCCCUGGGAGUACAUUACUGUGGAAGAUAACCCCCCGACCUGCGCACUCAGAUCGGAUGUAUAAUUUCACCAGCUUUGCCAUGACGCUCAAUGAACUGGCUCCUGGCAUGGAGGGAGUUAUAGCACCUACAGACUGCCGCCUGCGACCAGACAUAAGAUCAAUGGAAAAUGGAGACAUAGACACUGCAAGUCAAGAGAAGGAGAGGCUGGAGGAGAAGCAGAGAGCUGCACGUAGAGAACGUGCUAAAGAUGAGGAGGACUGGUCCACCAGAUGGUUCCAGCAGGGCACAAAUCGUUAUACAGGAACCUCAGAUUGGAUCUACACAGGUGGUUACUUUGACAGGAAGUACUCUGACCUCCCUGAUAUCUACUGAUUUGCUGGGAAAAGAGCAAGGGGUUUGGUAUACCUCUGGUCUCUCCAUCACCCGGUCCUUAUAAUCAUCUACUCACAAAAAGCCUUUUUUUUCCCCAACUAUCAAAAUGUGAGACACAUGAAUAAUUUACUGAACUGAGUAACAAAACAUCUCCUACCCACAUAACAACAAAUCUUUAUACUGGAAACCUGGAACUCGAUACGACUGAAUUAACUGAAUUAUUUGAAAUCUAGAAAAUGCAGUACAUGGUAAAACAAUGGGAAAGGCUGAGUACAUGUAUAGUGAAUAAUGCACAAAUUGUUGCCCACCUUAUCAUAUAUCAUGCUUGUUAAACUCAGGUGUUUUAUGGGUACACAAUAUUCAUGAUGGCUCUACUGCAUUAACAGCAAUGGGGAUUUAUGAGACUCUUUUAGCUAUUUAUGAUCAGACUAAUACAACUAUUUUAUCAUUACUAUGAUGGUGAAUACCUUGUCCAGAAAUGUGACUUUUGUAAGUGUAAGCAACACUUUAGGAUUUCCAGUAAUACAAUUAGUGCUGUUAGAAUUCAUUUAGUAGAUCCAGUAGAUGAGUGAAUAAUAGCUCCAGAAAUAAUUAGUCAUUUUAGCAUCUUUCAGGCAGAACUUCCAUUUAUCUCCAGUGAUGCACAGGAGUUUACUAAAAGUUGCAUGCUCAUUCCUCACAUGCAUGCUUUUAUGACUAGUCAAAUAUAAAAGCUGCUUAUUGACCAUGUUUACUUUAUAAAUGAAGAGGUUUUAAUGGUAUAGAAACUAACUAACACCUUUCAAUAACAGAGAAGUCUAGUGUAUCCUUCUGUUGAGAUUUUAAGUUGAUUAUGGUUGCCAAAGUGACUCUCUUUUUGUGGAAACUAAAGCCAUAAAACUCAUCAGGACUGCAUGUAUGUUUUAGACAGUCUCGCACACUUAUGCACAGGCUUCAUUUAAAGGAAAUGGGUGCUAUAUAAUGUUUUCAGCACUAGUUACUAAAGAAUGUUUCACUUUAACAUACAAUCAAAGUGUAUAAAGUACUCAAAUGCUGCUUGGUAGAGCCUGAUAGAAAAGGUGUUUUCUUACUAAUUUGUAUGUGUGCUCCUGAAAGACUUAUAAAAUGGGCAUGGUGCACUACCACAAGGUGUUUCAAAUGAUCUCUCGGAUGAUACUGUCUUUAUCGCAUACUGUGCUUCUCUCCCUCUCCUAUUCUCUUGCACACACACAUACACACAGAUUAAAUAAUCUAUGCAGACAUUCAUCAGAAUGUAAAUUGUAUCUUCAAAAGAUGUAAUGUGACAUAUUUUUGCAACUGUGUUGAGAAUGUUUGGUAUAUUCCACUGGAGUCCGACAUUACAAAGAAAAGGCUGGUGUGUUUGUCCCAUCCAAUCACUCUGUAUAUCUGCAGUCUUGGUCCCAACCAGCUUAUGUCACACAUGGUCACUUUUUAGAGUGAGAUACUUUUUGUUGUAUCCCACACUGGCCCUUUGUAAAGAUUGAACUUCAUUGAGUGUUUGCUUAGAUUUGUAAACUGUUUUUUGGCUGUUUUUGGCAACAUCUUUGGCCUGAAUUUUCACUGAUGUAUGUUCUGCAGGAUUCCGCUGCAUUUGACCAGAACAGUUAGUUGCUCACCAAAGGGUGCAAGUGUAGCAACUUAUACAUGUUCCAUAUAGUUACAAUUUCCUUACCCAAACCUACAUGCGAUAAGUAGGUCAUUCAGUAUAUUAUGGCAGGUUUCAAAAUGAACCAUUUGUAUUCCAUCGUAUAUUAUUGUAUAUUACUGUAAUUUAAAUGGCCGUUAAAUGAUUCUAUUAAAUUAUA